UAGGAGGCCCAUCAAAGCCCAUAUUUGUUUUGGAUUGGUCUGGGCCUGUAGCUCCCUUCGUUCUCCUCAGCAUGUCGUCGCCGGCGGCGGCGGUGCUCGUCAGCAACGGCGCCGUCUCCCCGCGCGCUCCCCCUUCCGCCGCCGCCUUCCUCGAGGCCACCCCGGGGGCCUACACCACCGCCCGCGGCAGCCUCCUCUGGUGGCCCCGCCACCUCCGCCGCCUCGCGGAAUCCGCCACCCUCCUCGCCCGCUCCCACCCUCACCUUCUCGGACUCCCUCGACCGCGCUCCCUCGACUCGUUCUUCUCCGAAACGCCCAUCCAUGCUCUCGUCAACCCCUCCGUGCGGCUCGCCGUUCGCGAGAUGCGCAGCAGGAUGCUCACGGUAAAGGAGGACGAUCUGGCGCUCACGGCCCUGAUCAGAGGAGGCGAUUCCGUUUCCAGCGAUGGCCUCGACGUCUUUGUCCACGUGGGGACGUAUACCCCUCCGGUCUUCGGAGAUUCGGGGGCCAGAGUUGCCGUGGCCGGCACGGGGAGGGACGCCGCCGCCGCCAAGUACGCGCCUUGGGCCAGGAUGCGGAAGAGUAUGGAAAAGAUGAGGCCUCCUGGGGUCACAGAGCUUUUGUUGACUAAUGAUGGGGAUCACAUUCUUGAAGGCUCUGUCACGAACUUCUUUGUUGUCUGCCAAAAGGAGGAACAUCAGAGGAAAGAACCUUUUACUGUUCAAACAUUGGAAAACAAGUUUGAAGUGCAAACAGCUCCAAUAAGUGAUGGAAUUCUCCCUGGAAUCAUUCGUCAGAUAGUGAUAGAGGUGUGCAAUGAUAUUGGAAUCCCAGUACGAGAGAUCUCUCCAUCAUGGUCCAAGCAUGAACUCUGGCAAGAAGCCUUUGUUACAAGUGGCUUAAGGCUUGUCCAACAUGUGGAGUCAGUUCAAGUACCUUUAUUGUGGGAGGACAUACAAUCAAAAACCUGGAGCGAUGUAUCUUGGGCGGUGAAACAAUUUCAGGGUGCUGGAUGCAUUACCACCCGAAUUCAGACAGAAAUAUUGAAGAGAGCAAGAACAGAGGAAUAUGACAUCAACAAUCUCCUAUGAAUUAUAAAUGUUGGUAUUGAUUCAUUUGAAGUAUGUAGGCUUUAUUUCUUCCCAUCAUCUAUUUAUUCACAAAAGGUAAGUUUAAUGGUCAUUUCAUUUUUGUUGCGACAUUGUAAGAUUGCAUUCCUUCAUGUGGGGAAUUCAGCAUUUGAGGUGCAGAGGUUUCAAAAUGAUUCAUUGCUUAGUGUUUUUAUAUCUUCUCUAACCAAAACAGGCCUCACAUCAAGGAAGUAGGACAUGGACUGGAAUAGUUUGGAAAAGAAAAAAGAGCUCAAGUCCUAUGUGGAUCUACAUUCAUUGUUUUCCGGUUUGUGUAAUCAAUGGGGGCAGCUGAUAACCCAACCCAGGAUUUCAGGACUUAAUUGUCAAUUUGUCAUAUCUAUAGUAUGAACAAAUGAUCCCAAUUAGCCCCGUGUUAAUUAAUUCAAGGAUGGAUUUAGCUAGGAAGUCCUUUUAGACCACUAGGAAGUCCUUUCUGUGAUCUCUGUAGGAACUGAAUUAUUUUAGAUGUUUAAUUGAUCAUGUGGAAAUGUCAUCAGUGUUCAGCUAUA